AUGGCACGUCGUGAAGAUGUACGUCAUGUCUGGCGAGUCAUAUUUCCAUUAGAAGGCUAUACAAACAAAUACCUCAUGCAUGGUAUCUUAGCUCUUGCUGCCUUGCACCGCGCAUAUCUUCUUCCAACUCCACAACAGAAGGAAAAGUAUGUCAAAAUUGCAGCCUAUCAUAUAUCCACUGGUUUGGUAGAGUUUCGAGAACUCAUUACCUCGCCUGUAGAUCCUAAAAAUUGGCAACCGGUCUUUUGCUUUACUAGUAUAAUCAACGUGUAUCUUCUUGCCGUUGCGAUUAGAUCAGGCACCGGCAGAUGGCCGGCUCCUAUCUCGAAUCUGAUUGAGGCUUUCGCAAGUGUGAAGGGUUUACAGGCUCUAAUGGGGCCUUUCCUACAUUCUAUUCGAAAGACUCAGCUUGCACCUCUUGUCAAUGGAAUUUGGCUUGUAGACCCUGAAAUAAUUCCGAGCAUUUCGCAAACAUCACAAUCUUUACUUCCACCCGAUACCUGGGUCCAAGCUUCCCGACUACAUAAUCUCAUCGAUAACUAUGUAUUCCCGCUACCAGGCCCAGGAUCAAAUACUACGUACGAAGAUCGAAACGGCUCCGAGACGAUUAAUAAUCCACCAGAGCGUCGAAAGGACUACAAAACAGCCCUUGAAUCACUCGAACGCUCUUUUCGAGCGGCAGAGAUCGCUGGAAUGCAUAUGGAAUGUGGAAUAAUCUUCUUGUUUGCGCACCCGCUCAGCAAACAGUUUCAUGACGAUUUGGAGGCAUCCGAGCCUGCUGCCCUGGUUAUAUUGGCUCAUUAUUGCGUUCUUGUGCAACUUGUUGAUCAAGUUUGGUAUAUGGAUGGACUUGCGUGGCAAUUGUUGGAGGAUAUUGAGAAUAAUUUACAGCCUGGAUUUGAGGAGUGGCUUGUUUGGCCGAAACAGUGGGUUUAUCGGCGACGAUGA